CUCACAUUGCAAAGAGGACCCCCGCACUGAGACCUUUCCUCCGCUACAGAAGAAGACUGAUUAUGAGAUGAUUAUGAGUUAUGGAUAAAUAUCAUAUAUGCUGCUUUCAGAGCACCAGGAGAAGAACUUUCUUCACCACUCAUGUGUUAAUGGAGCAAUGAAUGCAUUCGGCCCCACUUAAACCAAGACUGGGCAAAACCAGUUGAUGAAGGUACUUCAAUUCAGAUUGUGGAUACUAGAAAAAGUAUCAGCAGAUACAAAGCUGGACAGCGAUGGCUUCACAACAGCUAAGCACCUCUCAGUGGUUUGAGGAAACCACAACAGUGUCCUGGAUGAAGGCGUAGAGCUUUGACCGAGGCUUAGUGGAUGUCCAGGGAGAACUACAGUGUUGGUGAGAGCUGAAGGACUGUGGUGUGAAGCAUGGUGGCGGAGGCAUUGUUGGCCUUCAUAUUUGGCAGUAUAUUGAUGACCGUGAAGGCACUGGUCGACUCUGAUGAUGUCAUUACUCGGGAUGAGCAAAUCUUCCUCUUGGUUGGUGCACGGACGAAGUGUGAGAGGAGCAUUCGAGCCCAGCUGAGCUCAGUGCGAGUAAAUGACUGUAUGCCAGAGUGGGAUGGUAUAAUCUGCUGGCCCAGAGGGAAACCCAGUCAGAUGGUGGCCGUGCUUUGUCCUGAGUACAUUUACGACUUCAACCAUCGAGGCCGUGCGUACCGUAACUGCGAUGCCUCAGGGAACUGGGAGCAGGUGCCCAGCAUCAACCGAACCUGGGCUAAUUACACAGAGUGCACGACCUUCCUACACUCUGACCAUGGCAGCCAGGAGGAGGAGGUGUUUAAGCGACUUCACCUGAUGUACACUACAGGCUACUCCAUCUCCCUGACCUCUUUACUGGUGGCUGUGUUCAUCCUCUGUUACUUCAAACGUUUACACUGUACACGCAACUACAUCCACACCCAUCUGUUCACCUCCUUUAUAUGUCGAGCGGUCAGCAUCUUUGUGAAGGACGCUGUACUCUAUGCUGUCACGGAGCAGGCAGAGUUUGGCGUGGUGGUACCCAGACCUCCCAUGGUGGGCUGUAAGCUGGCUGUGACCUUCUUCCUGUAUUUCCUGGCCACCAAUCACUACUGGAUCCUGGUGGAGGGGCUGUACUUGCACAGCCUGAUCUUCAUGGCCUUCCUGUCCGAUAAGAAUUACCUGUGGGCUCUGACCAUCAUAGGCUGGGGCGUCCCUGCCGUGUUUGUGUCAAUUUGGGUCAGCGUUCGAGCCUCACUCGCUGAUACACAAUGUUGGGAUAUAAGUGCAGGAAAUCUGAAAUGGAUCUAUCAAGUUCCCAUCCUGGCAGCCAUUGUUGUAAACUUCUUUCUCUUCCUCAACAUCAUCCGAGUUUUGGCAUCUAAGUUGUGGGAGACUAACACAGGGAAACUGGACCCAAGACAGCAGUACAGGAAGCUUCUAAAGUCCACUCUGGUGUUAAUGCCCCUGUUUGGUGUUCACUAUAUGGUCUUCAUGGCUCUACCAUAUACAGAGGUCACUGGGAUGUUAUGGCAGAUCCAGAUGCACUACGAGAUGUUCUUCAACAGUUUGCAGGGCUUUUUUGUGGCCUUCAUCUACUGUUUCUGCAAUGGAGAGGUACAAGCAGAAGUAAAAAAGGCGUGGCUGAGGCGAAGCCUCGCUCUGGAUCUGAAGCAGAAGGCUCGUGUCACUAGCAGUGCUGGGAGCGGGAGCUGUUACUAUGGUGGCAUGAUGUCCCACACCACCACCCAGAGCGUUUGCCUGAGCGUGAACGGGACUAAGGGCUUAGCCAUUGCAGGUAGUGCCCUGGGGAUCAAGGGUCAAGGCCAUCACCAGCCUCUCGCCAACUUGCCAAGGUACAUACCCAGCGACACUGCGACUACAUUACCCACAAUGCAGGACGGCAGGGUGGGUGUGCUAUACGAUGUGAAUGGGAGAGGGACCGUGGGACAUAAAGAAGAGGAAGAGGAAAAGGAGAAAGACCCUUUCCUGUACUUCAUACCUGAAGAUCGUUCCAGCUCCGAGUCUUCCAAAGAUCUGUAGACUGUUCUGUGAAGGACUCAGGAAAACUAGGCAUGUUACUGUCACAGUGCAUUUCCCUAGUAACAUAGACAAAACACCUGAGUGAGAUGUUAAACCUUGGCUUACUGUCUGAGUUUUGUCUUCUCGAGUAAUUGUGACUUGUCAAAUGUCUGAAACCGGCUCGCCAUGGAAAACUGACAUCCCACUUGAUCAAUGGAAACAGUAAUAUUGCUGUGUCCAGUGAAAACAACACUGACCAAGUACUUUUUGAGAAACCUUUCCCCUGUAUCUCCACCUUGUAGGUGUGCAGUUAGAUUGGAAACCAUCUAUUGAUGCACGGUUUGUGUUCCAUCUAGCCCUUCAUCAGUGGUCAGUUGCUGACCACAGAGCUGCUCUUGGCUGGAUAUUUGUGGGUGGUGGUCACGGCUGUGCUGAGAUGCGACCACCACCAAAACACUGGCAAAACUUCAGUCUUGUGGUUAGAAACUGAUCAGUGAUGAGCAAUGCUGAACAGGGUAGAGGUGGGCUGAUAAAUUGUUCAUGACAACAAAGACAUUCUUAAAUUGUGGACCACUAUGGUAAGCUAACUAACUACAAUAUGUGGCCAAAUAUGUGGACACCUCACCAAAACACCUAUAUGACCUUGUUGGACAUCCCUUUCCAAAACCAUGGGUGUUAAUAUGGAGAUGGCCCCCCCCUUUGGUUGCCAUAACAGCACUUUUCUGGCAAGGCUUUCUGCAGGUUUUGGAGUGUGUUUGUGGGAAUUUGCGGCUAUUCAAAAGAGCAUUUGUGAGAUCAGGCAUGAU